AUGUCGUCUAUGGUAAAUAUCUCCUCUAUUACCCUGAAUGAAGCACAACAAUCCGUCUUGAACAGGGGCCUUUCAUUUUGCCCUGUGUCCAGGACGGAUUGGUUUCAUAUGGAGCUGGACUUACAUAGAUUCCUACGGAGUAUUAGGCUUAAGAUUUGGUUCUCAACACAGAGUCAAACCUCUAGAUGUGAUGAUGAUAAGCUAACGGAAUUAUCUUUAUUUAACACUGGAUUAUAUGUUAAAAGUAAUUUUAAUCCUGUAAUUGAUCACCCAGGUGUUGAUGCUUUCUCAUUAGCCAUACGAAGGGACCUCGACAAAUUAAAACAUGAUUCUGAGAACAAUGAUCUCAGAUUUGGUAACAUCUCUUCUGACGAGAUCGCCGCGAUGGGCUCUCUGGCCUCCGACCACAACCUCACCAUCAAAUCUGCCGAUAAGGGUGGUGGGGUUGUGGUGAUGGACACCAGAGAGUACAUCGAGGAGAUCCACGGCCAACUUGAGGACAUACAGGUGUACAAACGGAUAAAGAAUACUCUCAAGGUCACAACUGUGGUGCUGUAUGAUGCAAAGUCCAUUGCGGCUCCAGUCGGCCACCCAUAUUUCUCUAGUUGGUGGCCAACAAAACCUGUUUUUCUUUUAGAUAUAAAAGGAGGAAUUCCAGCGUCAACAGCUACCUGGUCUUUCCAAGUUGGGGGAAAUCAGCCGGUGAAUGGACUUGAUUUAAAGGAAGGAACUCCAGGGUCAACAGAUAUAAAGGGAGGAAUUCCAGGGUCAACAGAUAUAAAGGAAGGAACUCCAAGCUCAACAGCUAUAAAGGGAGGAACUCCAGAUACCACAGAUAUAAAGGGAGGAACUCCAGGGUCAUCAGGUAGCUGGUCUUAUCAAUUUGGGGGAAAUCAGCCGGCAAAUGGACUUGAUAUAAAGGGAGGAACUCCAGGGUCAACAGGUACUUGGUCUUUUCAAUUUGUGGGAAAUCAGCCAGUGAAUGGACUUGAUGUUAAGGGAGGAACUCCAGGGUCAACAGAUAUAAAUGGAGGAAUUUCAGGGUCAACAGAUAUAAAGGGAGGAACUCCAGGGUCAACAGAUCUAAAUGGAGGAACUCCAGGGUCAACAGCUACCUGGUCUUUUCAAUAUGGGGGAAAUCAACCGAUGAAUGGACUUGGUGUGCAAGUAGUUAAAGAAGAAAGAAAAGGGCAAAGACAAGGAUUACUACAGAGUCUAUUACAUGUCGGUGGAAAUAUAAUAUCAAAUACAGGUGAGUUAGUAAAAGGAAUUGGUGAAACAGCAGGAGAUCUGAAAAAUUCAAUAAUAGGUGGAGAAAAUCAUGGAUUAAUACCAAGUGUAAUAGAUGCUGGUGAAGAAGUUAUGAAAGAGACAGGUGGCAUAAUCAAUGGAAUUGGUGAUAUAUUUGGAGGGCUGUGAAAAUGAAGAAGUUCUCCAAGCAACCACAGUUCUGAGUGUAAUCCUGCUAUAAACCAAGUGAUUGGAGGAAUAUCACCUAAAUCAACAACACAAACUGGAAUUUGCUCCUGACUAAUUGCUUAAAUAUUAUAAUACAUGUUCUUCAUUUGCCAUAUAAACCUGCUAUAAUGACUGAUCCAGUGAAACCAAUAAACACAAUCAUAUAUUCAG